AUGUAUUGGUCCUCUCAGCAUGCUGCUCAACAAGAUGAACUGCAAUCAGGAAUACCGACUCAUAUAAGGGCCCUCGUUCAUUUGAAAAACGAUUCAUUGCCCCUACCGCCUUCCAUAACGACGGUAUCCCACGACGAUAAGAACUCACAUAUAACUCUGCGUGAGAGGGAAUUCCCUCUCGCAUUAUUGGAUCCUGAACCUCUCGUCAUCGACAACAUCAACGAACUAACGCGAGGUGUCGACUGUUCCAUGGUGACGUACGGACAGAGUGCCACCGGAAAGACCCACGUCCUAUUUGAUCAGGUACGAGGUAUCAUACCUCUAUUCAUAGAGCAACUAUACAUAUAUCUGGAGGCCCAAUCAGAUCUACAAUAUCAGAUUGGACUAUCUGUAUGGGAAGCGGAUUCCAAGGGGAAGAUACGAGAUCUAUUGGUACCCUUAAAUGAUCCACAACAACAGAAAUCAUUGAAAUGGGACUCAACUAUUGGGGCGGUGAAGGGAUUGAAAGAAGUAUUUGUGAGUUCACGUUGUGAAUUGCAGGAUUAUUUGAAUGCUGCAUGCGAUUUGCAAAAUUCAACGUUUCAUACGUUUGUGAAGAUUAGUCUGCAAUUGGUCAAUUGUCACGAGGAUUCAUUUAGGAAGUGUUGUAUCGAGUUUGUGGAUCUUUGCGCCCAGGAGGACGUGCUUCAAUUGGUAUGCAGUCUGGUUGCUGUAUUGAGUAAUGACAAUGAUAAGAAGAUCGGUAAGGAGAAGUCACAAUUUUGCAAAUUGCUUUCAAAUUCCAUUGGUGGCAAUCGAAAGACAACGUUCAUAUUAGCGUGCUCCACAUUGGAACAGAAUGAGAAAAUCAGUUUGGAAACAUUGGAAUUUGGUCUAAAGGUGAGCCAAGUCGUCAAUAUAAUUCAAAGAAAAGAUGAACCUUUAAAUUGCGAUAAUAAAUUACAAUUGUUAAUGGAUGAUGAUUCCUUGAAGGAUGAAGUUUACUCUUUGCAAAUUGAUGUACUGGAAAAUGAAUUGAAUAAAUUAAGAGCAAUACGGGAUAAUAGCACGACACCAAAAGCAUUUGACAAUAAUAAUGAAUCCAUCGAGACUGUCAAGGAACAAAAUAAAACUCUACAAACUCAAUUGGAGAAUACAAGACAACUGUUAAAUAAUUCCACUUCCAAUAAAGAUCAAUAUGAAGAAAUUGUGCAAACAUUAUUGGAUAAAUGCGAACUUAUCGUGGAGGCAAAUUCCAUCUUGGAAAUUCAAGAAAAUGAAAAUGUAUUAUUGCAAGAAUUAUUGCAAAAUAGAUCGUUGAAUGAACAAGUACUAGAGGAUUUAAAUGUUAAAUUGUUAGAAUAUAUUCAUUCGCAAGAAAUUGAAUUACAACAAUUAUUAAAAUCUAAUACUCAAUUGAAGAAACAAUUGGAAAUAGAAUUAGCAAAUGAGGAUGCUCAAUUGGAAAAGAUUAAAGAUUUAGAAACUUCAGUGGAUAAAAUGUAUAUCGCAAGAAGAUCAAGUAGUAGUGUUUCUUCAUUGACAAAUGAGGAAUUGUUGCAGUUUAAAACACCACGAAAUUCUUGGUUAUUAACGUCACCAACUUCGAUAAAGAAUUUACCUGGACAACAAUCAGAAACAAGCAUAAAUUCCAAGGAUUCAUUUCAAAAGUUCACAACCACCACUCAGGGUUUCCAAUUAAACGUGGUUAAGACACCCAAUAAGAGAAAUGAUAUAUAA